AUGCAAACAGGAAACAACACGUUGGUGAACAGUUUCCUACUCACAGGUCUAACAGACCUUCCUCAGGUGGAAAUUGCCCUCUUUGUGAUCUUCUGUGCUGUCUAUGCCACCACCCUGGUGGGGAAUCUGGGCAUGAUUCUCUUAAUCAGGUCCAGCCCACAACUUCACACCCCCAUGUACUUCUUACUCGGCAACCUCUCUUUCUUGGACAUCUGUUACUCCUCAUCCGUCACCCCAAAGUUCCUAAGCAAUCUCUUAAAGGAGAAGAAAGUAAUUUCUUUUGCUGAUUGUUUUACUCAGCUUUUCUUUUAUGGUGCAUUUGCCACCACUGAGUGUUACCUGCUGGCAGUGAUGGCCUAUGAUCGCUAUGUGGCUAUCUGCAACCCAUUGCUCUACUUAAUCACCAUGUCCCAAAGAAAGUGCAUUGAGCUAGUUGCUCUUUCCUAUGCAACUGGAACAAUAAAUGCUUUGGUGCACACUGUUGCUGCAUCAAGACUAUCCUUUUGUGGUCCAAACAUCAUUCAGAAUUUUUACUGUGAAGUUCCUCCCAUUCUGCAGCUGUCCUGCUCAGACAUUAGUCCCAAUGAAAUUUUGAUGUUCGUCUUUGUUGGGUUCAAUAUUAUAGCAACCACUUCGACUAUUCUCUCCUCUUACACUUAUGUUCUGGUCACCAUUUUAAAGACUCACUGUACUAGGAGCCGAAGAAAAGCCUUUUCCACCUGCACAUCUCACCUCAUGGUUGUCACCAUUUUCUAUGGAUUUGGUGGCCUCAUGUAUGCAAGACCCAGUUCUAGGCAGAACCACCAUCUUGACAAAAUAGCCUCAGUGUUCUAUGUAGUGGUGACUCCCAUGCUGAACCCUGUGAUCUACAGUCUGAGGAACCAGGAGGUCAGAAGUGCCUUCCGAAAAACCCUGGGAAGAAAAAUUGUGUUUUACCAAAGGUUUUUAAUAAAAUAGAUAGUGGCUCCUACUUCCAGGACUUUUGCUUUCCUUACAACAUCUCUACAUGUUGUAAUUUAAGAAAGGGAUGGGCAAGAACUUUGGGCCAGGUUGUUUGACUCAUUUAUCUUUCUGUGGCCCUAAUAUUAUUGGUAAUUUUCACUUGGAAGGUACCUCACUCUUACAACUUUCCUCUUCUGAUAAAAUUGUCAAUAAGUGUGUUGGGUUUGCAUUUGUUAGUUUUAACCUGAUAAGCACCCAUUUGACAGCCCUUACCUCUUAUUCUUCUAUCAUUAUGACUAUUUUGAGAAUCCGCUCAGCUGAGGAGAAAGGCAGAAAGUCUUCUCCACCUGCUCCUCUCACCUGCUGGCUGUCAUCAUCCUUUAUGGCAGCUUGAUCUUUAUGUAUCUCCAACCUAAUACAUCAACAAAGGGA